ACAGCCCCCCGCGCGGCCCCGCCCCCCGCCGUGCCGCCGCCAUGCCGGGCGCGCUGGGGCCGCCUGCCAUCGCCGCCGCCGCCGCGCGGGGCCUUUACCGGCGCGUCCUGCGGCUGCACCGGGCGCUGCCGCCCGCGCUGCGGGCGCUGGGCGACCGCUACGUGCAGGAGGAGUUCAGGAAGCACAAGGCGGCCGGGCCCGCCGAGGCCCAGCGCUUCCUGCGGGAAUGGGAGAACUAUGCAGCACUGAUAUGGCAACAAAUUAAUGAAGACAGACAAAACUCAAGAGAAAAGACUGUGUUUGGAAUCCAGCUCACAGAAGAGAAACUUAAUGACUUCCGUGAUGAACAAAUUGGACAGCUGAAGGAACUGAUGGAUGAGGCUACUAAACCCAAUAAGCAAUUCACCAUUUCUAAGGAGAAAAUACAAGAUACAAAAUACAAGAACUAAAAGGUUUUCCAGUUUGCUUUAACACAUACAGAAGUAUUUGGAAACUCCUUUUUUCAGUUGUACUAGAAUGCAUUUUUUGUGGAGUAGUGGGAGAUGCUGAUGCCAUAACUUUUUGUCUGAAACUGUCUCUGGAUACCUGGCUCUUUCUGCAAGGAUAAAUGUUAAAAUGUAAUAAUCAUAACAAUUUUAUGUUAAUUGCAACAUAUUUCCUCCUAAUGGAAAGUGGAGACUUGAAGAAUUUGGUAAAAGUAAAUUGACAUUUUAAAAAUAGAAAGUUUUUUUUUUUUUAAUCUUAGCACCUGUGGCUGGUCAUCUGUGUAUCAUCCUCUAUCUUAAUGGAAAAGACACAACUCAUACUUGUUUUCUGAUGUGGAUUCAGUAGGCAGAAAACAAAAGUAUAAUACUAAGAGCAUUCAUUUGGGUGGAAGGAAACAAGCAGUAUUAGAAGACUGUGCUGUUGUUGAAAUUGAAAGCUGGUUUUCUUCUUGAGCUUUAUUGUGGAAUGGGCUUUAAAAUAAAAGAUAUAGUUCACUAUUAAA